GUAAUCGUAGCAAUCGGUGGGUGUGUCGGAGGGGAAGACAGAAGCGGGAAACGAUGGCGUCUCGUCCCUUCGACGACGAUGGCUACAUCGGCUACGAUCCGCGCCUUCCGUCUCAGCGAUUCGACUCGUUCUCCAACUUCGACUCUGGCUCGGUCAAGGACUCGGUCACUGACUCGCCGCCGGUAUUCAGCAGUCAAUCAUACGGCUCUGGAGAUGACGUGUUCGUAUCUCAGCCGCUCCCUGAAACCCCGUCGCCACCACCGAUCUUUGGCCGUGGCGGUGGAUUCUCGGAAUUCUCAGCUGAGGAGAACGGAAACGAUCUCGACGGAGACUUUGUAGGAUCGGACGGUCCGAUCCUGCCGCCGUCGCCUUCGCAGAUGGAACCAGAAGAGGGCUUCGCCUUGAGAGAGUGGCGCAGAUUGAACGCGAUUAGGUUGGAGGAGAAGGAGAAGAAAGAGAAAGAGAUGCGCCAGCUAAUAAUUAUGGAAGCAGAGGGAUACAAAGUUGAGUUCUACAAGAAGCGAAGUACUGUUGUCGAGAACAACAAAGCCACCAACAGGGAGAAGGAGAAGUUAUUUUCGGCAAGUCGGGAGAAGUUCCAUGCUGAAGCUGACAAGAAUUACUGGAAAGCAAUUGCAGAGCUCAUUCCCAAUGAGGUGCCGGCCGUAGAGAAGAGGGGCAAAAAGGAUAAAGAGAAAAAACCUUCCAUUGUUGUGAUCCAAGGACCAAAACCUGGAAAGCCUACUGAUCUCUCGAGAAUGCGUCAUAUACUUCUGAAGCUGAAGCACAAUCCUCCUCCUCACAUGAAGCCUAAACCACCACCAUCAGAACUCAAAAAGGAUGCUAAAAUUGGUACUUCUGCCAUAGCCGGUGCCCCUGAUGCUGGCCCAAGCAGCACUCCUCCACAGUCUGCAUCUGCAGCCACUACUCCUAAGACUGUAACCAUUGCUUAAGAAUGAAGUUGCUUUGACUGCUAGUUCUGUUUAUCUGUGUGAAAAGAAGUCAACGAUCAAUUCUGCUUGUAUGAUCCUUGUAAAUUUGAAGGUUGGGAAUCUAGUUGCUACAAAUUUUCGUGUUCAACGUGCCAAUUUAAUGUUAAUAGCUUCACGUGGCUGUAUUUGUGACAUUUUCCUUUGAA